UCACCUCGCCUGUCGUCCGGGGCAUCAGCCUGUCUGAGUUGGAGAGACUCGGGGGGGAUGCUGUCGCAGAGAUGGAGUUGAAUCACAAAAACAACAAAGUGUCGGACAGAGUUUGAGACAAAAGGCGGAGGGUUAGCGUUAGUUCUCCGACUGAACUGAGCGCUGGAUGGAUUUUUGGUGAACAUAAGACAGGAGGAAAUUUAAAAAAAAAAUGAAGCUGCUGAAGCCGAGCUGGGUGAGCCACAACGGCAAACCCAUAUUUUCAGUUGACAUCCACCCUGAUGGGACAAAAUUUGCAACUGGUGGGCAAGGAGAGGAUUCUGGCAAGGUGAUGAUCUGGAACAUGGCGCCAGUCCUCAGAGAGGAGGACGAGAAGAACGAGAAUAUUCCCAAAAUGCUUUGCCAGAUGGACAAUCACCUAGCAUGUGUGAACUGUGUGCGCUGGUCCAACAACGGGCUGUACCUGGCAUCAGGAGGAGACGACAAGCUGGUCAUGGUGUGGAAGAGAGCCGCAUUCAUCGGCCCGAGCACAGUGUUCGGGUCGAGCAGUAAGCUAGCCAACGUUGAGCAGUGGAGGUGUGUCACCAUCCUGAGGAACCACACAGGAGAUGUGAUGGAUGUAGCGUGGUCCCCUCACGACGUGUGGCUGGCCUCCUGCAGCGUGGACAACACCAUCGUUAUCUGGAACGCUCGCAAAUUUCCAGAGAUGGUGACCUGUCUGCGAGGACACACUGGGUUGGUUAAAGGUCUGACGUGGGAUCCGGUGGGGAAAUACAUCGCCUCGCAGGCGGAUGACCACAGCCUCAGAGUGUGGAGGACGGUGGACUGGCAGAUGGAGGCCAACAUCACCAAACCCUUCAGUGAGUGCGGUGGGACGACCCACGUCCUGCGUCUGUCCUGGUCUCCAGACGGUCAAUAUCUGGUGUCGGCUCAUGCCAUGAACAACUCGGGUCCCACCGCUCAGAUCGUGGAGAGAGACGGCUGGAAGACGAACAUGGACUUUGUGGGCCACCGUAAAGCUGUCACUGUGGUGAAAUUCAACCCAAAGAUCUUUAAGAAGAAGCAGAAGAAUGGCAGCGCCCCGAAACCAGGCUGUCCGUACUGCUGCUGCGCUGUCGGCAGCAAAGAUCGGUCGCUCUCCGUCUGGCUGACCUCUCUGAAGCGCCCCCUGGUGGUCAUCCAUGAUCUCUUUGAUAAAUCAAUUAUGGACAUUUCCUGGACUCUGACAGGUCUGGGCAUGUUGGUGUGUUCGAUGGACGGCACGGUAGCCUACCUGGACUUCUCACUGGAUGAACUGGGAGAUCCACUGAACGAGGAGGAGAAGAACAGCAUCCAUCAGAACAUCUACGGUAAGAGUCUGGCUAUAACCAGCACUGAAGCUCAGCUCUCCACCACCAUCAUCGAGAACCCAGAGAUGCUCAAAUACCAGCAGGAGCGACAGAACUCGGCCCAGGCCAGCUCAGGACCGGGCAGUGCAGGGCCCGAAUCCUCAGCCCCUAAACUCAACAGUGUGAUGAACGGAGAGUCUCUGGAGGACAUCAGGAAGAACCUUCUGAAGAAGCAGGUGGAGACGAGAACCGCAGAUGGCAGAAGACGAAUCACACCGCUCUGCAUCGCUCAGCUGGACACCGGGGAUUUCUCGCCAGCUCUGUUCAACAGCGCUCCCAUCCUGCCCUCGGGCUCCUCCAUGUCCAACCAGCUCACCUCUCAGCUCAGCUCUGACUCCAGCCCAGGACAGGCCUCCUCUCUGGGGCUCAGGCCCAGCCACGACUCCAUGCUCACCUCGCCUCCGCCCAACAGCACUGCCAAGGGCUUGGAGGACAAGGAUGGCGUGAAGUCCAGUUUGCUGCUCACGUCUGCCUCCAAGAUCGAGCCAAUGAAAGCUUUGGACUCGAGGUUCACAGAGAGGUCAAAGGCCACGCCGGGGGUCACAGCUGCCAUCUCCUCCACCGCUGGACUCACGCCUCUAGACAGACCGAAAGACGGCAUCUCCGCCCUGAAAGAUGUAAAAACCAAAGAAGACACCAGCAGCGACAGCGAGGACAAGAUGGCCACCAUCAACAAAAACUUGACGUUCAGCAAGAGGAAACCUGAGCUGCUGAUGGACGGAGGAGAGGUGGUGGAGAAGAGGAAGAAGGGACGGCCAAGGAAAGACAAGAUGGCCGCUCCCAUCGCCCAACCCUUCACGCAGAUAACUCCUCCAGCAGAGCGGGAGCCCAGCAGGGUGGCAGCUCCUCCAGCUCCUGUAGCUGUUCUCAAACUACCAACACCAAGUAUAAAGAAGGCCUUCAGUCUGCAGGUGAGCAUGGAGCCGUCGGUGUUCCUGGAGGUGGAGAAUGAGGUGUCAGUGGUCGCGGGUUCGAAGCUCAGCCAGCUACGAUGCUCCAGAGACGGACGAGACUGGAACACACUGCUGCCCAGCUCAGUGGUCACCGCUGCAGGGAGCAGUGACGUCCUCGCCGUAGCCUGUCAGGACAGGAUGUUGUCCGUGUUCUCUUCCUGUGGACGGCGGCUCCUUCCUGCCAUCCAGCUGGCCACGCCUGUGUCAGCUCUGCACUGCUCCGCCCACUUCGUCAUGGCUCUCACAGCUGGAGCAACGCUGUCCGUGUGGGACGUUCAGAAACAAAAGGCCCUGGUGAAGAACGAGUCCCUGCUGACCAUUUUAUCUGGUGCUGACACAACAGUGUCUCAGUCUCUGCUGACCCAGCAGGGAGUUCCAGUCAUCGGACUGUCCAACGGGAAGUCCUACUGCUUCAGCUCCUCGCUGGAGACAUGGACUCUGAUAGCAGACAAAGGAGACUCUCUGGUCCAAUGUGCUGACUUCAGGAGCUGCCUUCCUACCCACGAUGCACCUGUGUCCUCGGGGCCGCUGGCUGUCAUGCAGGGACGCAACCUCAAUGCUGGUCGGCUGGCGUCCCGCCUCUCCUCCACCCCUCACCACCUGCAGCAGAGCAUGACGCUGGCCUUCCUGGAGAACCAGCUGGCGUCUGCUCUGACUCUGCAGUCAGCGCAGGAGUAUCGCUACUGGCUGCUCAUCUACGCCCGAUUCCUCGUCAACGAAGGCUCAGAGUAUCGUCUCCGAGAACUCUGUAAGGAGCUGCUGGGUCCCGUCCACAAAUCAGCCUCCACAGCCUGGGAGCCCACCACCCUGGGUCUACGUAAGCGCGAGUUGCUGCGGGAGGUUUUACCUGUCAUCGUUGAAAACCUGCGAUUCCAGAGACUGUUCACCGAAUACCAGGAUCAGCUGGAGCUGCUGCGCAACAAAUAACACACUACUACACACACACAGACACGGAGACACACAGACUGACAAAAACACACACUUGGACUCAUCAUGAAACCAGUUUGGCUCGACCUUUUCCUCAACUUGUGAAGCUUGAAACGCUGUUCUGGCUGAGAGCUGAAACACACUCCCUGGGUGUUUUGUGAGAACUUCAAUAACAGCCAGUCCACAGCUUUUCAAGCGCUGGGACUUUUCAGUGCUGUCACUCACCGGGAGAAGUGGUGGGUGCUUAGCUUUUUAUUAUCUAAUCACGAUCUCAGUUUGAACUUUCGUCUUCUGUCCUUUGUUCCUGUUAAAUGUGUUUUCUCUGACCUAUGCACCUCUCUCCUGCUCUCCUGAUCACGGACUUAAAAAAAUGAACUUAAAAGAGGCGGUGACAGAAAGGUCGCAGGUUAGAUUCCCGCCACGUGCAGCAUCACCAGCUGUGUGAAUCCUUCUCAAGUCUGUUUCCUUCCUCAGAGAGAGAGUGGAGGUGAGACGCUCGAAGAAGAAAAAUAUGAAUCAGAAUGGAUGUAAAGGAGCAAUAUGCUUGUACCAAAGUGAUGCCUUUAAGUGUAGAAAUAACCACACACCUUCAUCUGUGACAUGAAGGAAACGAGGGGCAUCCAGACAAAAGGUGCAGCCGGGUUUUGAAAAGCUGAAUCUGCCAGUGGGUGAAGUUUCUGCCUAGAUUGGCUGUCCUAAAAAGUGACAGUGCUAAUGCCAAAAUGUGAGGUCACAGCGAGAAAGAUAAUCAAAGUUAGACCACCGCUUGGUAUGAAAUUUAUAUUCUGAAACACAGGAUGGGAAAUGGAGUCAGAAGGGUCUAAGUGAGGAAAAAAGUUGGGGAAAAAAAGAGCACUUAAAGCUGUUGAGAUGUUAGGAAGGGUAUUUGUGCACAAACAGGAAGCACAGCAGCCAAAAUGUGUUUUCUGACUGAACUGUAACUAAAAAAACAGAAAUCAGCUCACAUGAACAAAACGUUAAAGUAAAAUAACGAUCAGGUCUCGGCGAUGCAGGAAUCUCUUGUCGAUGUGCAGCAGCACUGAUCAGUCACAUCUCGGUCUGCACCUGUUCCAGACAUCACUUCAAGUUGGUCGCCAUUUUUAACAACAGUUCCUCAUCAUGUCGUCAAUUGUCACAAACACUGUCAUCAUUUUUACCUUCAUCAGCACCUAAAAUCAGGAUGAUCAGACAUGCUAAAUUGUCAGCUGCAGAUUUGACACAAUGAGCGUGUUUUAAAAGUCACAUUUUUAUUGUGUUGAAUGAAUUCAGAAGCAAACUCCGGUUUUCAGGAAAGUUUUGACCUUUAUCAUGACAUCUCAGAUUAUAUCAUGUUUACUGUGUUUACAUGUUUGACUCUGCAGGCGUUCAGCAAGAUUGUGGCUGCAACACUCAGAAGUUAUUUUUCUUCAAACAGCAGGGCUGGGUGUUUAAAACAUUACUGGAUGCCAGUACCAAUAGAGUACGUACCACAUCCGUCGUGUGAAUGGAAGCAUUUGGUCACAUAAAUUGCCACCAGAUACCGCAGGCCUGUGGUGUAGCCAUACCUUCAAACAUUUCAGUAGCAUCUCGGCACACUGAGCUGCCUUUUUCUGUCAGAUACAUCAUGCUGGCUCUCGGGGUUGUAGCUGCUGCGGUAGUGGGCCAACGCUUGUGCUGAUUGGCUGCAAGCAAAACCAUACUAAGAGUUUUUUGUUCUAGAUCUGGUACAGAAAAGAUUAAAUGCAAGUAUCAUUUGACUGGAGAAGUUUUCAUGCUACGUGGUAUUGGGUUAUUGUGGUUGAUGUGUUAAAGGUAUCGAGCACAGGUACCCAGCCCCAACACACACAUAGCUUGGAUCUUUUGAAGCGCGGUUGUGUGAGGUACGUAUCCAUAGACGGUGUAUUACGUACGGUAGCUGUCAGUCAGAAACAGGCAGGAGUACCACCACAGAAGCUCAGCAUCGUACUGCUGUGGUCGCGUGCUUUAUUUAGAAUAUUUUCAACACUUUACUUUCUUGCAGUGAUUCCUGAUGUGGAACUGAAGCCCCAGUGUGGAGAAGCAGCAAGAGGGCCAGAACAAAAGCUAAGCUAAGCCUUAGAAAGUCCCACCUAAAAGAAUCUGUAUCAGUUGAAGUGCACGCGAUGUUGAGAGUAUUUUUACUGCUUUACCUUUUCGUCAGACGGUCUGUUCUGAUGGGGAAACACAAACACACUGACUGAUGGAGGCAGACCAGCAGCUCCUGUGUUCAGCGAUGAUAGAUCACUGUUCUUCUCACUGGAGUCUGGUUUUAUAGAGAGUGAUAGAACGGCUUCAGUUCCCUGUUGAACAUCGGUGUGACUGCAAGGUAAAGCAGUGAAAAUUAAAUUUAUAUUGGUUUUUUUAGGCGGCUAGAAGCAGCACAUUGCAUAGCGUCCAUGUUAAACUCCAACCUGCUUCUCCAAACUGGGAUCGUGCCAACUGACAUCUGCUGUAGUUGAUACACUGACUGUGGAUGAGCACGGCAUACAGCCCUGCUUCAUAAGGUCCAUACUGUUCCUUUAAUAACUCUGAUGUGCAGACUUGAACCUCUUUGGCUGUAAACUUGUUCCACAGUUUGAACCAGGUUUAGUGUAACUAUCAGUAGCUGCUCGAGGAAAAAACACUCUGGGCUCCAGCAUCUCAUCUUCAAGGUGUAUCAUGUGUGUCACACAGGGCUGUGGGGUAAUCAAACACAUCGUUCUGUCUUAUGUUACAGUGUGAACAUGCGGUGCAGCUUUCUUUUUUACUCAUUAAAUCCAACAGAAGAUGUUUUUUCAGUGAGAUGUGUGACUGUAGGAUCGUCCUUUUCUUGGUAUCAUGUGAACAUUGGAUCAGAGGGGGCCAGCGGAGGAAUGUUAUAUAUAUUAUUUUGGUCUGUUUCACGUCGCGUCUCUUCUGUAAAUAACCACAUUCUCUCGUCAGCACCCUCAUUUAUGUUUCGUCGCCGGGCAAAAACCACUGCACAGAAAUCCGUUGUUUUUUUCUUCAGGACAGGUUUCGAGGGCCCAGCGCUCAUGAACCCAACAACACCUCAACAAACUUCACCUGUCGUGUUUAGCCUUUUUGUCUGCUGCAGCAGUGAUGCACUCCUCUGCCAGUGCAGUGUGUGUAUAUAAAUGGAGAGUGUGAGCUUAGGAAGCUUGUUUACUGCUGUAUGUGACCGCACAGUGCGGAGAGCAGCGCUGAGGCAGACUCACAGACGACAGGAAGAGUUCAUCUUUCUUCACCUAUCUGUACAGCACGUCUUUCUUUACUUCAUUGGUUUUCUGUCAGUCAUUUUUAAAUGUUUGUACGAGGCAAUUUUUGUUUCCAUUUUCUAUAAGAAAAAGAAAAAAUGAGCAGAGAUGAGCUGAAAUUUUGCUUUUGAAGAAAGAAAGUGAAAAAAUAAACAAAUGAAGAACA